AUGGCUCCGACCGCGGAUUCAGGCAGCACCAGAACUGGUGUCCACACUCGUUAUGAUGACCGAGAAUCAACUGCUGCAUCUCAAGAUGAUUUCGAGUUGCAAGCAAUUUCCGCUAGACCGCGCAAAAACCCACACAUCGGUGAAACAGUGGAGAAUCUGUCGCAAAGCAUUUCGCGUGUGCCAGAGCAAGAAGACCAACUCAAUUCCGGUGCUCAAGGUGUCCCUCCUGAGCUUGGUAGUCUCACCACUGAGCUUGUCUUCGUGUUCGUCUGCUCUGCUGGUCUGAUGUUUUUCGCCUUCCUGGUUGGUGACAUCGCCGUCAAUCAGAUCGAGCUUCGGCGCGCGUUGGAUAUCACCAAUAGCGAGCUUCCAUGGCUUCUCGCUGCCUAUACCCUUCCACUCAGUCUUUCAGUCAUUAUCUCUGGCUCGUUAAGUGACCUGAUGCCACCGAGACUGAUCAUGGUGGGCGCCUUUUUCUGGCUGACCAUUUGGAAUAUUGUUGGUAUUUGGUCCAUUAGCCCAGAGAAGGUCAUUCUCUUCUAUAUCGUCCGCGCAAUGCAGGGUCUAGCCAUUGGGGUGCUGGUUUCUGGAUCGAUGAGUAUUCUGGGUCGAAUCUAUAAACCGGGCCUAAGGAAGAAUAAGGUCUUCUCUGCAAUGUCCGCUACAUCACCCUUUGGGUUCUGGCUUGGUGGUAUCCAAGGUGGCAUUUUCACUUCUCGCCUCUAUUGGAUCUUUGCUUCUAAUGCGGUUAUUUCAGGCAUAUGCUUGGUGGCUGCUUAUAUGGUGAUUCCACCCUUAUAUCCUAUUGCCGAUAUUGUGGGCACAGAAGCGCCUUCAAUCUAUCAGUUUGAUUUCUUAGGAGCAGGAGUCGCAGUGACUGGGUGCGUUUGUCUCCUCUUUGGUCUUACCCAAGGGGCUGUUAUGGAGUGGUCCUCAUACACAUACAUACUAGUAAUAAUAGGAAUUCUCCUAUUGAUUGGCUUUUUCUUUAUUGAAAAUUGGGUCCAACGCCCUCUUAUUCCUAGCCAGCUUUGGAAGACAAAGGGCUUUACACCGCUCAUGAUCGCAUAUUUUCUUGGUUCUGGUGCUUUCUCUGGCUGCUGGCAGUUCUAUGCCAUCCAGUUCCUGCUUCGAAUCCAAGGACAUAGCCCGCUUACUUGCGCUCUCUAUCUUCUCCCAAACGCAGUUGUUGGCUUGCUUGCAACAUGGGUAGUUAGUAAGACCCUUCACAUCAUCCCUGGCCACUUCAUAUAUCUAGCCGCUAUGGUAUCAUUUAUGUUGGGCCCAGUGUUCUUCCUCCCACAGGAUACGAACACGGGUUACUGGCCGCUUUCCUUUCUAGGAAUCGCUCUUGUUACCUUUGGGCCUGAUCUGUCGUUCGCAGCGGCAUCUAUCUACAUUACAAGCAAUGUCCGUCGAUCUUAUCAAGGGAGCGCUGGAAGUUUACUUGUGACAAUGCAGAAUCUGAGUAACGCUGUUAUGGCCGCUGUUGGCGAUGCGAUUGGAAACAAGGUUGCUAAGGAUGCAUCUGGCAGUAUUGGCUUGGAGGGACUGCGAGCUAUUUGGUGGUUUGCUUUGGCGGCGGAAGUUGUUGCAGCACUUAUUACGCUCAUAUGGGUGAGAAUUCCAAAAGAGGAAGAAAAGGAGCAUGUGACGUAA